AUGCGGCGGGCGAGGGGCCAAAUCGACCUAGGAGAGCUGGGGAUCGGGGACCUCAGGACCAGGAGGGCGGUCACCGGCGCCCUGGUCCUUGAGAUCCCCGGUCCCGAGGGACAUGCCAGGGCGAACACCCUGGCUAACAAAAUGGCGGCCCUCUUCGCCGACAAGGAGGACGUUCGUAUAGCUCGUCCUACGAAGAGGGCCGACAUCCGGGUCCGCGACCUGGACGAUACGGCCACCGUGGAGGACGUCAUCUCCGCGGUGGCGGUCGUCGGGGGCUGCGGGCCCGGUUAUUUGAAGGCCGGGAAGAUCCGCCCUGGACCCGACCGCAUGGGGACCCUCUGGCUGAGAUGCUUGGAGUGGGGCCACGUCAGGGCCUCCUGUAAGAGCAAGGUCGACCGCAGUGGCCUCUGCUACCAUUGCGGUUCGGCCGGCCACAGGGCCGCGGCAUGCGACGCACCGGCGACUUGCCCGGUGUGCCGCGACACAGGGCGGCCCUGUGGUCAUAGGGUAGGAGGCCCCGCUUGCUAA